GGAGAUUUACCCAUUCCAUAGUGGGAGCUACAAUGCCUGUUCUACCAACAUUAAUUAGUUCGCGCUGUCCAGCUGCUUCUGCCACGGAAGUUGGAAGAGUACUUAGUCUAGCACCAUCUUCUCUCUCUCUUUCCUACCAAUCAAUCACUUGAACAACUCAUUUUACUCUUUUACUGUAUAAAUUUGAUGAUUUUUAACGGCCGCAAUAAUGACUACCUUCACAAAGCUUAGCAACCAUGAUACGCCGAGUAUUUCCAUUCACCCAAGCCGGCGUAUCUCCAAGAUCAAUCCCAAUAUCUAUGCGGGGUUCACCGAGCACAUGGGUCGAUGCAUCUAUGGGGGCAUCUAUGACCCGGGUAAUCCCCUGUCAGAUGAGAAUGGCUUCAGGAAAGACGUUCUCGAAGCUCUGAAGACGCUCAACAUUCCAGUUGUGCGCUAUCCAGGUGGCAACUUUAUGGCUACGUAUCACUGGAUCGACGGUGUCGGUCCUAAAGAUCAGCGUCCUGCUCGGCCCGAGCUUGCUUGGCUGGGAACUGAGACGAACCAGUUCGGAACCGAUGAGUUCCUUAAGUGGUGUGAGGUCCUUGGAACGGAACCAUACUUCUGCUUGAAUUUUGGAACAGGAACUCUUGAUGAGGCACUGGCCUGGGUUGAGUAUUGCAACGGCACUAAAGAUACUUACUAUGCAAAUCUCCGACGGAAGAAUGGACGGGAAGAGCCAUACAACGUUAAAUAUUGGGCGCUCGGAAAUGAAACGUGGGGUCCAUGGCAGGUAGAGCAGAUGACGAAGGAGGCGUAUUCUCAUAAGGCCUUUCAAUGGGCCAAGGCUCUUAAGCUCCUUGAUCCCAGUCUGAUUCUGAUUCUCUGUGGACAAGACGGCACGGCGUCAUGGGACUACUAUACUCUGAAGCACUGCCUACUUCCUGCCCAUUCUCCCCUAUCUACCAGUGCCGUUCCCCUCAUUGAUAUGCAUAGUAUUCAUCUGUACACCUCGUCAUCAUCUCAUCUGCCGAAUGUCACCGCUCCUCUGGCUGCUGAGCGUGCAAUUGAGAUUACAUCUUCCCUGAUCGAUCUCGCCAGAAUCGAAAACGGAGUUCCUUCUGAUCAACUCCGGCCCACUAUUUGCUUUGAUGAGUGGAACGUUUGGGAUCCCAUCCGUGCCGAGGGCAGCAAGGGUGCAGAGGAAUCCUACACACUUUCCGAUGCGUUGGCCGUGGCUGUUUGGCUCAAUGUCUUUGUCCGUAAGAGCAAGGACCUGGGCAUGGCAUGCAUUGCACAGACUGUCAAUGUCAUCUCGCCGCUCAUGACGACUGAAGAGGGCAUCACCAAGCAGACUACCUGGUGGCCUCUCUACCUGUUCUCAAAGUACAUGCGGGGAUGGACCAUCAGCGCACAUCUCGCCAGCGCGACCUACGAGGGCGAAACCUCUCCAAAGUGGGUUCGCGGUGUUAAGGAGACCCCUUGGUUGGACGUCAGUGCGGUUCUGGGUGAGGAUGGCUAUGUCAAUGUUGCUGUAGUCAACAUCCAUGAUGAGAAAGCUAUUGAGACCGAGAUUGAUGGACCCGCGGGAGAGGUUACAGUGUUCACUGUCACUGCCGACACUGUCGCAGCGACCAACAUGAGGGGCAAGGAAGAGGUUGUCGUAGUCGAGAGCACCUGGAAUGGACGGGGCCCCUAUGUGUUCCCAAAACAUUCUCUUACCCUUCUGAGAUGGAAGGCUUAAGUGUCUCUGGUAGACACCGGGCUUGCCUGCAUUAUUAUAGAAAUCACCUUGAUAGACUAGGAUCCAUCACGUUUAUGCCAUUUCUAUUCUCAUUAUCCCCCAUACGUAACAGUAACACAUCCCCCAUAUACAGUACACAUAUCUCAUUCAUCGUUCACAGUCGUACUAUACUAUACAUUAUCGUGUAACGUCAUGGCCUCAACCGAAACUGACAUCAUGAACUGUGUCAUUCUCAUCCAAAUGCACGUUCAACCUUAGAUGCAGCCCAUAUCAGCCGCACACUCUAGAUACUUGAAUUAACCAAUGGAAAAAUCACCACGUACCGUUCAGAGUUAUGAUCCAUCGUCUUCAUAUCGCCAGGUCUAAGGAUCCGAUGAGGGUGCGGUAAAUCCUUCUUCGCGAAUGACUACCAACGUCCAACGUUAGCGUGAACAAAUACUAGGGGAAACAAAAAUAAGGGGGCACACACAGUAACAUCGCUCGUAGAUUCUGUGAUCGUCUUUCCGGCCAGCUUACUGAGCCAUUCGUUCUUAUCGCCGCUGUUCAUGUCGGGGACGACUAGAGGCAUUGUAGAAUGGAGGUUUCUAUGGACUGAGAAUAAUAUAUGUUGUUUAGUUUGUAGUUUCUGUAGUUGUUGGAGUGUCCGCAUAGGAUAGUGAGAUUGGGUUGAA